GGCAGAGGGCUGGGUGUCGCGAGCGGCAGGUGCGCUGACGAAUGGGCUGUAGACUCCUCCUUCCACGGGAAGGAACUGUCGGAGGCUGUGACGGUGACGUCAUCUCAGGGUCACUAGAAGGGGACUUCCUGAGGUCCUGUCCCCAGACUGCAGUGAUUGGGCUUUCACUGGAGCAGAAGGUGCUGGAAGGCAGACGGCCAUCAUGUCCACAUUCAGGCAGGAAGAUGUGGAAGACCAUUAUGAGAUGGGGGAGGAGUUGGGCAGUGGCCAGUUUGCAAUUGUUCGGAAAUGCCGGCAGAAGGGCACUGGGAAGGAAUAUGCGGCCAAGUUCAUCAAGAAGCGCCGCCUGUCAUCCAGCCGGCGGGGAGUCAGCCGGGAGGAGAUCGAGCGGGAGGUGAACAUCUUGCGGGAGAUCAGGCACCCCAACAUCAUCACCCUGCACGACAUCUUUGAGAACAAGACUGACGUGGUGCUCAUCCUGGAGCUGGUCUCCGGUGGGGAGCUCUUUGAUUUCCUGGCCGAGAAGGAGUCACUGACAGAGGAUGAGGCCACGCAGUUCCUGAAGCAGAUCUUGGAUGGAGUCCACUACCUGCACUCCAAGCGCAUUGCCCACUUUGACCUCAAGCCAGAAAACAUCAUGCUCCUGGACAAGAAUGUGCCCAACCCACGGAUCAAGCUCAUUGACUUUGGCAUCGCUCAUAAGAUUGAGGCUGGGAACGAGUUCAAGAACAUCUUUGGCACCCCAGAGUUUGUAGCUCCUGAGAUUGUCAACUACGAACCCCUGGGACUGGAGGCGGACAUGUGGAGCAUUGGCGUCAUCACCUACAUCCUUUUGAGCGGUGCAUCCCCAUUCCUGGGGGAGACCAAGCAGGAGACCCUGACCAACAUCUCCGCCGUGAACUAUGACUUUGACGAGGAAUACUUCAGCAACACCAGCGAGCUGGCCAAGGACUUUAUCCGCCGGCUGCUUGUCAAGGACCCCAAGAGGAGGAUGACUAUCUCCCAGAGCCUGGAGCACUCCUGGAUCAAGGCGAUCCGGCGGCGGAAUGUACGGCGGGAAGACAGCGGCCGCAACAAGACGGAGCGGCGGCGCCUGAAGACGGCCCGUCUCAAGGAGUACACCAUCAAGUCCCACUCAAGCAUGCCCCCCAACAAUACCUACAUCAACUUCGAGCGUUUCUCCAAGGUGCUGGAGGAGGUGGCAGCGGCUGAGGAGGGCCUGCGCGGGCUGGAGCACAGCCGGCGGCAGUUCCACGAGGACAUUGAGGCGCUGACAGCCAUCUAUGAGGAGAAGGAGGCCUGGUACAGGGAGGAGAACGAGAGCAUUGGCCAAGACCUCCGACGGCUGCGGCAGGAGCUGCACAAGACCGAGGCACUCCAACGGCAGGCCCAGGAGGAGGCCAAGGGCGCCCUGCUGGGGGCCAGUGGGCUCAAGCGCCGCUUCAGCCGCCUGGAGAACCGCUAUGAGGCCCUGGCUAAGCAGGUGGCCUCUGAGAUGCGGUUUGUGCAAGAUCUAGUGCGUGCCCUGGAGCAGGAGAAGCUUCAGGGGGUGGAAUGCGGCCUCCGCUAGGGCUGCCCGGGGGGUUGGCCCAGAGGGUUCUGGUAGUGGGUGCCCCCUUGACGGCCCUAGGGCCAGGCCCCUCUGUCACCCUUACCUAGAGAGUUCCUGGGCUGGGGCUGAGGUGGGAAGAGGUUGGACUGGGACCUGCUCCCUGGGGCCUGGGAAUUCCCUGCUGAGGGGAGGGGCUUGGCAGGACCUGGGCCUCGCCACACAGCCUGUCUCCCCUCUGGCUCAGCCUCCUUCUCCCAUUCUCUCAGCAGUGGUGACUGGUGGGGGUGGGGGGUGCUUCUGGGCUAGUGUUAACCUCUAGAACUCUGUGAGCUCUCUGCAAGGGGUUGGUACCUCCAAGAUGGAAUUGGCCAUGGCAGACACAGGUGCUUCAUGCCCGGCCCAGUGGCAGGGCGGCAGCCUUCAUGUCCUGGGUCAGGGGGCUGAAGGGCAGUUGGAGAACUCGCAGUUUGGCCUGGGCAGCACUCUCAGGCCCUCCCUGCCCAUCUAAGCACACGCAGCCUCAGGGAGGGUUUCUGAGGGCCCCUGCAUGCCCCAGGGCUUGGAAUUGGAGGGGCCUCUGCUGGACACUGGCCCCUCCUAGAGAUGGCAGCAGCCCCUGCGGGGUCAGUGGUGGAGGCUGCCACUGGGCACCACAGCCAGAGAUGAGAUGAUCUAGCCCUUAAGGAGGUGUUGGUCUGGAGGUAGUAUGAGGGUGGGAGGACCUGUGGCUAAGCAUGUUGCCAGGACACAGUAAAGAAAGCAUCUGCAAAAGCUGAGUUUCUCUCUCUCCCUGAGGCCCAGAAGUCCCUGGGCGCCAAGUGAAACAGGUCUGCUGGGGCCUGGGGACAGGAGAAAAGAGCUGCCGUCCACCCACAGUCCCCCCCCAGUGGGGCAGGUUGUGGAGCCGUCCCCUCUCCGCUCCCUCAUGAUGCCAGGUGCAGGCGUCUCAUGACACAUAGUCCCUGAAGUGCCAAGCCCACCAGUGGGGUCCUCCCCUGCCUGGGUAUCUGGCCCUGCCCCUCCAGCCUCUGCCUCGCUUCCUUCUCCAGUGCUGACUUUUGAAAUGUUAGGGCUCCAGCAUCAUCCUCCCCAGAGAGCCCCUCAGACUCUGAGCUGCCCCGUGAAGGGAGAAGUCCAUUUGACUGACUGCCUCUGCUGGUUCCCAAGCACAUGUGGCUAGAAACCCUGGACCAGUACAGGGUGGGAAGGGGGUUGCAGUGGGCAGUGCUCUCGUCUGCCACUAGGGGCUGCCCUUGAGCAGGCUCUUGUACCACUUACCCGAAGUGCACUAGGUAAGGUUCAGGCUCUAACAAAAUGUGGGUCCCUAUCAGGUGGCCACACUGAGCUGGGAAUUCUCUGCUGCAGGUUAGGUUAAGUGAGUGACACCUUUAUAGAUCAAGUGCAGGAAGGAACCAGGCAGGUAAGACUUCCAUUCCUGCUGAGGCUGCUGGCCAGGGCUCCUCCUACCAAGACACUGCCAGGCUGAGGCACUGGUGGAGGGGUCUUAACACUGUUUGCAGGUCUGUCUUCUGGGGCUGGGGUGGGACCCCCUGUACCUCCUCCACAAGCUCUGUUGCAUAGUGUAUGCCAUCUCUGCAAGUUUAUGCCUGCCAUGAGCCAAAGGAAAUAAAGCCCCAUUCUGACAUCCA